CCCGAGCAGUACAGGAGGGGUUCCUGUUGCAGAACAUUCAUCUGGUGGCCCGGUGGCUGGGCACGCUGGAGAAGAUGGUGGAGCAGUACAGCCUGGGCAGCCACGCCGACUACCGGGUGUUCAUGAGCGCUGAGCCAGCCCCCAGCCCCGAGGCACACAUCAUCCCGCAGGGACUGCUGGAAAACGCCAUCAAAAUCACCAACGAGCCGCCGACGGGCAUGUAUGCCAACCUGCACAAAGCCCUCGACCUCUUCACCCAGGACACAUUAGAGAUGUGCAGCAAAGAAAUCGAGUUCAAAUGCAUCUUGUUUGCGCUCUGUUACUUCCACGCGGUGGUGGCCGAGCGGCGCAAGUUUGGCACUCAGGGCUGGAACAGAUCUUACCCCUUCAACAACGGUGACCUGACCAUAUCGAUUAACGUCCUGUACAACUACUUGGAGGCUAACCCCAAGGUCCCAUGGGAUGAUCUCCGGUACCUCUUUGGCGAAAUCAUGUACGGGGGGCAUAUCACAGAUGACUGGGACCGGCGGCUGUGUCGGACUUACCUGAGUGAAUACGUCCGUGAGGAGAUGCUGGAAGGGGAAGUGUACUUAGCUCCAGGGUUUUUGAUCCCUCCCAGCUUGGAUUACAAGGGUUACCACGAGUACAUCGAUGACAACCUGCCACCGGAGAGCCCCUACUUGUACGGCCUUCACCCCAAUGCAGAAAUUGGCUUCCUGACCGUCACUUCAGACAGGCUUUUUCGGACAGUUUUGGAAAUGCAGCCCAAAGAAUCAGAUGCUGGAGGAGGCUCAGGCGUCUCCCGAGAGGAAAAGGUGAAGUCAGUCCUAGAUGAGAUUAUCGAGAGGCUGCCAGAGCCGUUCAAUAUGGUGGACAUCAUGGCGAAAGCGGUGGACAAGACCCCGUAUGUUGUAGUUGCCUUCCAGGAAUGUGAAAGAAUGAACAUCCUGACCCAUGAAAUCAGGCGCUCUUUGAAAGAGUUAGACUUGGGACUAAAGGGAGAGCUAACGAUUACAGCAGAUAUGGAAGAGCUGGCAAACGCUCUCUUCUACGACAACGUUCCUGAAUCCUGGACACGUUAUGCCUAUCCCUCUCUUCUUAGCUUAGGAGCCUGGUACGCCGACCUGCUCCUUCGGAUCAGGGAACUGGAAGUCUGGACAACAGACUUUGUGCUGCCUGCAACAGUGUGGCUGGCAGGAUUCUUCAAUCCCCAGUCCUUCCUCACUGCUAUCAUGCAGUCCAUGGCCAGAAAAAACGAAUGGCCACUGGACAAGAUGUGUCUUUCAGUGGAAGUGACCAAGAAAAACCGUGAGGAUAUAACAGCUCCACCCAGAGAAGGCUCCUAUGUGCACGGAUUAUUCAUGGAAGGCGCUCGAUGGGACAUCCCCUCUGGUGCGAUCGCAGAUGCUCGACUGAAGGAGUUGACGCCCAUGAUGCCAGUCAUCUUCAUCAGAGCCAUCCCUGUGGACCGCAUGGACACCAAGAACGUCUAUGAAUGUCCUGUCUAUAAGACACGGAUGCGAGGUCCCACCUAUGUCUGGACCUUUAACCUAAAGACAAAAGAAAAAGCCGCUAAGUGGAUCCUUGCCGCUGUUGCUCUGCUCUUACAGAUCUAAACUUUAAUGACUAUGGAAAACAGCAAAUGCUUUUACUU